GGAGGACGUGACAAUUGUUCGGUGCGCAUGCUACGAGUGUACACCUUUCAAGAGCAGGAAUAAAAGGAAAGCAGAUGUUUUGCACCCACCCCCAUUUGAGGUGCCCCUUUAAAUAAAAACCGUUCCACCCUUUUGCACACAGCAAUGGAGGACAAAAAAAAAGUGGAGGAAGACUUAGAGUCGAACAAGUACGACAUUGACGAAGAAGACCUGUUGGACGAUGAAGGCAGAUUAAACGAAGAAGAAAGACAAGCGGAACUGGAAGGAGAGAGUCUGUUUGAAGAGGAUGAAGGGUUCAUAUUCGGAGUGGACGACGAAAAGAAGGAAAUGCAAAAACUCCGAAAUCUAGGGCUAGACAAUGACGAGUAUGAUGAUGAUUUUAUUGAUGACGAACUGGACUAUGAAGACAACUUGAAAGCGAGAAGAGCAGCAGAAAGACAUAUACAAAUGCAAAGGAAGCAGGAAGGGAAAUACGAAAAGAAUAAAUUUUGGAAAACAUUAGAAGAUCAGCUAGAGGGAGAUGAUGAAGAGGAAGAUAUCUUUGACAAAGUUGCAGAAAAAGUUGCAAAGAGGAGAGAAAAUAUGCAUCUCUCAGCAGAGGAAACAGACAUCCCUGAUUUAUCAAAUUUGGAAAGCGCCAAAAUAUGUCUCUCUGUAAAUCCAAAGGAUGUCAUAUUUGAUGAAAGAUACCAGCAAGCAGCAGACACCUGUUUUCGCUACUUCCUGCAUAAGUUUUCUUUAAAAGAUUCCAUGGGCAUAAAUUUGGACCAGUCCAUUCAAUCAGAAGGAAAUGAAGAGGAAGGUAUGAACAACUCUCAUCAGUAUUAUAUUGACAAAAUAGAAAAGAUGAUUUUAAAUGAUAAGCAUACCCUAAUCGUGUCAGCGAAACAUCUGAUUCAAUUCCAUUGUGAAAAUUUGGUACAGUGGAUCGAAUUUAAACCAGAACAAAUAUUAGAAGUACUACACGAAUGCCUUAUGGUGGAGGCUUAUAGGAUUUCACCAAAGCUUUACAAAGGAAGAUUGUGUAAAGUCGUUUUGAAAGACUGGCCUUAUUCUACUCAGUUAAGAAAUUUAAGAUGCACCGAGUUGAAUACAUUAAUUAAAGUCACAGGGGUGUGUAUAAAGAGGGGUUAUGUAUUGCCCAAACUGAGAGUCAUGUAUCUGAAGUGUAAUUCUUGUGACACUACCUUAUCAGAAGUGCCCAUUUAUUUUGCUGAUGGGAAGAAACCAGUACUUCCUAGGCGCUGCCCACAUUGUCAAUCGGCUACCUUCUCAGUGGACAGAGUAAAAACGGCUUACACAGAUUUUCAGAAAAUUACGUUACAAGAAUCACCCAGUUCUGUUCCAGCUGGUAGGGCCCCCAGACAAAGGGAAGUGGUAGUCACAGGGGACUUAGUAGAUAAGGUGAAACCAGGAGAAGAAGUAGAAGUCCUAGGAAUAUACAAAACUAAGUACGACAUAGGACUGAACAUUAAGUACGGAUUCCCCAUUUUACAAACCGAAAUUGAAGCAAACAAUAUAGAGAGAAAAGAAGACAUUCAACUGAGCGAAUUGACAGAAGAUGAUAUUAAGGACAUUUUGAAAUUAUCCAAAGAUCCAAACAUAAGAGAAAGAAUUAUCACCUCCAUCGCACCAGCUAUUUGGGGACACAAAGAUAUCAAAACGUCAAUUGCGUAUGCAUUAUUUGGAGGGGUUCAAAAGGGGGGAGACAAAAGUAAUGCAAAAAGUACUGACAGCGGCAACUUUGGAAUUCAAAAUAAAGACAUUUUAAACAAUUUCAAAGGGGGACAUACCAUCAGAGGAGAUAUCAAUGUGCUCCUUUUGGGAGACCCAGGGUUGGGAAAGUCACAAGUGUUGCAAUAUGUUCAUAAGACCAAUCUAAGAACUGUGUACACAACUGGUAAGGGAGCUUCCGCUGUUGGUUUAACUGCUGGAGUGAGAAAGGAUUACACAACUAACGAGUGGACAUUAGAAGGAGGAGCGUUAGUCCUGGCGGACGAAGGAAUCUGCAUCAUUGACGAGUUUGACAAGAUGACAGAUAAGGAUAGAGUGAGUAUUCACGAAGCCAUGGAACAGCAAUCCAUCUCCAUUUCCAAAGCUGGUAUUGUGACGACCUUAAGAGCGAGAUGCGCCGUCAUAGCUGCUGCAAAUCCGAUAUAUGGUAGAUACGACCCAACGUUGACAUUUAAAGAAAAUGUAGAUCUCUCAGACCCCAUUUUAAGCAGAUUCGACUUGAUUACCGUUUUGAGAGAUAUUCCAAAUGUGGACGAGGAUUUUUACCUGGCCGAGUAUGUUGUCACGAAUCAUCAGUUGAGUCACCCCAAAUUGGAGAAUACACAAAAUUAUCAGAAAAGGAUUGAAAAUUUAAAAAAUGUGAUUGUCUCAUCUUCUGCGUAUGAACCCAUUCCACAAGACCUACUGCAGAAGUAUAUCAUCUAUGCAAGGACCAAUUGUAAGCCGGGCUUGUCAGAUGUGCCCUAUGCAGAAAUUAGUGCAAAACUUUCCAAUUUUUAUAGCCGAGUUAGACAAAAGGCUAGCGCAUCAGGGGGAUACCCAUUAACCUUAAGACAUAUCGAAAGUAUCAUUCGUAUUGCUGAAGCAAAUGCAAAGAUGAGGUUGUCUCAACAAAUUGUUUCCAAAGAUGUAGAUUACGCAAUUGCAACUUUACUCGAAUCUUAUGUAUCCUGUCAAAGGUUCGCCGUGGCCAAACAGUUAAGUAAGGAAUUCGCUAGGUACCGGGCUCUCUUCAGAGGUGGCCAUGAAGUCCUUUGCGAAUUGGUUAGAAGAACCAUACAACAGACGAUUCAACGGGAAAACCUAAAAAACGCAUCUGCCAAGGCCUUCCAAAAUGAUGCCGAAUCGGGAACCGAAAAUGAAACGGAAAUUUUGAACCCAAACAAUGUUUUCCUGCCCCUACAAAUUUUUAUGAAAACAGCCAUGCAGAAUAAGUUUUCCGAGUACCAAAUUGUCAACUGGAUGAAGUCUAAGGUUUUCAACGAGCAGUACGCGGUUAUAAAGCGGGACGGCGUCGAGGGUAUCAUCAGCAAGAAGUUUAAGCUGUGA